AUGGAUCUCAAUCGAGGACCCGGAGUUAUUCCAGCAUCAGUUGUAUCAGAAGUGGCAGGCGUCUCACCAGCUGCACGGAUCAACAGGAGAGAUGGCCAGGAUUUGGUCGAUCACGGAGUCAUCUCUCUUGCUGACGCCGAGGAAUUUUUCAGUAUUUACUGUGGGCGUCUCGACCAUUUCCUGUAUAGGAUCCUCAUUGACCAUCAUUCGCUAUCAAGCGUGCGUCAAAGUUCUCCACUUCUGACUGCUGCAAUCUGUGUGGUCGGAGCACUUCACAAGCCCUCAGUUUACUACCAUGCAUGCUAUCAACACUUUGUGCAGUUGGUCAGCGCUCGGCUGUUUUCUAAGAUGAAUAGCCAUGAUGACGUUCGUGCCCUAUGUAUCGGAGCCUUCUGGCUCAGUGAUAUUUCAUGGAACCUACUGGGAUCAGCUGCUCGAAUGGCUGGUGAGCUGAACCUUCACCGGUGCAUACCCAAAGCACCUCACUCUAAAAGAGCGUGCUAUCUACGGACGAGAUUGUACUAUCUCGUUUAUAUUUGUGACCACCAUUUCUCCAUUGCAUACGGCAGACCGCCAUUGACGAGAGACUUCAGCUCGAUCACACCUCCUACAGACUUCCUCAAGUCUAGGUUCGCAACAGAAGACGACGUGAGGCUCAUCAGCCAAGUUGAGAUCUGGAACAUCAGCACUCGCGUCUUUGAUCAAUUUGGCCUCGAUCCUGAAGCUCAUCUUUCUGACCAGCUGAUCCCGCAACUUCGACGCCUGAGUAUUGACCUGGAUACUUGGAGAGCAGAUUGGCCUGAAAGAUUCAUUUUCAAUGAACACGUAGGCAACUAUCCGCGGAAGGGAGCUGGUCUGCAUUAUCACUUUGCCAAGCUAUAUCUGUGCUCGCAUGUAUUCAGAAAGGCACCAGCGGCGGAAGGCGAGCCCCUGCAAUUAGGUCCAGAACUCAAAGAGUUCGCAGAAGUUGCGGUUCACGCUGCUACGUCGAUCCUCGAAGCCAUCAUCUCAGACGAGGAAAUUCAAUCAUAUUUUCAUGGGCUCCCGGCCUACUUUGAUACAAUGAUGGCGUUUGCGUUCGUGUUCUUACUCAGAGUCACGAUCAAAGACCCUGUCAACGUGUGGAUAGACAAGGCCGGUAUCGUUGAAACGCUGGACAGGCUUGUCGUCUGCUUGGAAGGAAUCACGGAGACGAUGCAUUCUCACCAUCUACUGACCAGCAUAGCCCGGAGCAUGCGAAGGUUAUUGGACCGGUUUGGAUGUUCACGAAAUAAAGACAACAUCUCCAUAACACUACGCUCGGCUGGUGGAGCACCAACAAUGACGACCAAUCCCAACCAAACUUGGGUGAGCCCCACUGACACAAUGUUUUUGGAGCAAUUUGAUUUCCUCAACUCUCCAGAUGCCGCAUUUAACUUCGAUGCAGAAUUCUGGGCGACACCGAAUCCGUGA